AUGAUUGGCAGCGUCUUUUUCAUCUUCAAUCGCCUUGUGGAGAUUGUAUUCUUGAUUCCGAUUAUUGGAAUGCUGGCAUAUUUCGUGGACGGUUACCUCAAAGCCAAUAUCAUAACUCCUACGUAUAUCCUCGUGCUCUUCAUAGUCAGUGUCAUUGCCAUCUUCUGGUGCUUUGACACUCUCAUCCGCCACUCCACCACCAAGCGCUCUGCGAUCUUCGUCGCUUUCGUGGAUAUGCUGUUUUUUGGUGCCUUCAUCGCCGCCGUCUACCAAUUGCGCUUCAUCGCCAAUGCCAACUGCUCUAACUGGGAUGGUGGCUCCGUCUGGAUCUCCCUGGGACCUUUCGGCGCCUACGGUUAUCGUACUGAAAACCCUCUCGCGCGCGAUAUGAACAAGCACUGCGCCAUGCUGAAGGCCUCCUUUGCAUUGGGCAUCAUGGAGGAGACCUCCGUGCGCCGACGCAGCCAUAGCAGUCGUCGUGGUCAUAGUGGCCACCGUCGUCACAGUUCUAGUGGACGACGACCGCAAUAUGUGGUCUAA